CGCGCUGCAUGUGUAUGUGUGUGUGCGAAAAUAUUAAUUGAUACGUUAACGCUGCGAUGCAGUGCCGUGUUAAAUACUUCAAAGCUGUUCGUUUCUAAAUUCCAAAAGUUUAACAUUUGUGACAGCAUUAGUUUUUUGGUUUUUUUUUUCGGCAUAACGUGCUCCCUUGCUCGAGCGUAAAAAUACAAAAUACAAAAAAAAAUCCAAGCGGAGCGACGGAAGAGAACAGCGAAGGCAAAAGAAAAACGCACACACCCAUACAAAUGCCAUAAGUUCGAGUGUAUUUGUAGUUAUUGCUGGAAAGAAAGCAGGCAAGCACACGCAUACGGCGAAAAAUACGCAAGGAAUCUGCAAUUUUUGUCAACAUUUUGGGUGCGCAACGUUACAUUUGUGUUACAUCGCCGAUUUCAUUUUUAAUUGCCGUAUAACCAUCGUGUGUGCGUGAGAACAGCCUUGCCGCCCGCCCACGGAUAUAUCCUCCGCCACCCACUCUUCUUAUUUUGUUGUUGUUGUUUUUUUGUUGUAUUCCACAAUACGGCAAAAUCGGAGAGCGAGCGGUCGAACGAACAAGCAAGGACUUGCUAUUCAGUGGACAAAUUCAAAGUUAGAAGACGAACAAAAGUAAAGCGAAGAAGAAGCCGCAUAGCGGCUGCCAUCGUCCAGUAGAAAGCCGCAUCCAGUGAGUAGCGACAAUCCUAACCAGAGAAAUCCGAUCCUCCGCGGAGGUGCCGCCAAUUUUAGCACUAUUCAAGUGCCGACUAAAAUGGAAAUUGAAACAGAUCAGUCUAUUGAAGCAAUGGACACCCAGGACACCCAAGAGGUCGAGAUCCUCACCAGUGACCUUCAACAGACACAACAGCAGCGGAAUUCACCGCCCCAAUUGCCGAAAUUCAAGAAUCUUAUCCAGCCACAAUUGCACGCCGUUGGUGCAGUGACCCAAUUGCCCAGCGAGAACGGCAAUAUGCCGCCACAACAACUAUUGGCAGAUAGCAGCUCCACUUCGUUCGGCGACGGCGAGGCCAUGGGCAUUGACGAUGAGUCCAAGGAGGAUCAGUUCCGAUCGGAGACCACAUUCUCCUUUACCGUCGAGAAUGUGGUACAAUUGAAAUCGCAGAGACUGUCGCCGCCAGUGUUUGUCCGCAUGCUGCCAUGGAGGAUAAUGGUCAUACCCAAUGAUCGUGCGCUCGGCUUCUUUCUGCAGUGCAAUGGGGAGAAUGAUUCGCCCACCUGGUCGUGCAAUGCCAUUGCCGAGCUGCGUUUGAAGUGCCACAAGCCGGAUGCACAGCCCUUCACGCGUGCCCGCAUUAAGCAUUUGUUCUACUCCAAGGAGAAUGACUAUGGCUACUCGAAUUUCAUCACCUGGCAGGAGCUGAAGGAUUCCGAAAAGAGCUAUGUGCACAACAACAGCAUCACCCUGGAGGUUCACGUCGUUGCGGAUGCACCGCAUGGCGUUCUGUGGGACUCCAAGAAGCAUACAGGCUAUGUUGGCCUUAAAAACCAAGGCGCCACUUGCUAUAUGAACUCGCUGCUGCAGACAUUGUACUUCACCAAUUCGCUAAGACUGUCUGUCUAUCGCAUACCCACGGAGGCUGACGAUAGUGCCAAAUCAGUUGGAUUAUCGCUGCAGCGUGUGUUCCAUGAACUGCAGUUCGGUGACCGUCCCGUUGGCACCAAGAAGCUAACCAAGUCCUUUGGCUGGGAAACGCUAGAUUCGUUCAUGCAGCACGAUGUCCAGGAGUUUCUGCGCGUGCUGCUCGACAAGCUCGAGUCGAAGAUGAAGGGCACCAUCCUGGAGGGCACCAUACCGGGUCUGUUCGAGGGCAAAAUGUCGUCGUACAUCAAGUGCAAGAAUGUCGACUACAACAGCACACGUUACGAGACCUUCUACGACAUCCAGCUGAACAUCAAGGAUAAGAAGAAUAUCUACGAGUCUUUCCAGGAUUACGUAGCUCCCGAAACGCUGGAGGGUGACAACAAAUACGAUGCUGGUGUGCAUGGCUUGCAGGAAGCCAGCAAGGGCGUCAUCUUCACUUCAUUCCCACCCGUUUUGCAUCUGCACCUGAUGCGCUUCCAGUACGAUCCCGUCACGGACAGCUCGAUCAAGUACAACGAUCGCUUCGAGUUCUACGAACAGAUCAAUCUGGAUCGCUACCUGGCCGAGAGCGAGAAUACCUUGGCGGACUACGUUCUGCACGCCGUGCUGGUGCACUCGGGCGAUAACCAUGGCGGGCACUAUGUGGUCUUCAUUAAUCCAAAGGCUGACGGACGUUGGUUUAAGUUCGACGACGAUGUGGUCUCCAGUUGCCGCAAGCAGGAGGCAAUCGAACAGAACUACGGCGGCAUGGACGACGAGAUCUCGUUCCACGCCAAGUGCAGCAAUGCCUAUAUGCUGGUCUACAUCCGCCAGUCGGAGUUGGAUCGCGUACUCGGCGACAUAACGGAGAGCGAGAUAUCAAGCGAUCUGGUGGAGCGUCUCGAUCUGGAGAAGCGCAUCGAAAUGGCGCGCCGCAAGGAGCGCGGCGAGGCCAACACCUAUGUGUCCGUGCACGUGAUCCUCGAGGAGAACUUCGAGGAGCAGCACAAGCGUCGUCUCUUCGAUCUGGAGAAGGUCCAUCCGCGCGUCUUCCGCAUCAAACAAAAUCAGACUGUCGACGAGCUGGUGGACAUGUUCGUGAGGGGUUUCGGUGUGUCGCGCCAACGCAUGCGCAUGUGGAACUUGUGCACCGCCCAGACGCAAAAGUUCUUGCAUUUCGAUUUCGUGGCGGAGGGAUCGCGCACCAUCGAGCAGAUAUCAACGUCACAGAAACCGUGGGUCAUCUGGCUGCAGCUGGCCUGGACGGAUGUACCUGGUCCCCUGCCGCCCUUUAAUCCCAAGACCGAAGCCCUGCUGUUCAUCAAGUACUAUGAUCCGCGCAACAAGCGUCUCAAUUACAUUGGAUGUACUCAGCAGCCGCACACCCGCCGUCUCAUUGAUCUGGUGCCGGAUGUGAAUAGCAAAUUGGGUUUCGAUCCGGACACCGAGCUGACCAUCUACGAUGAGUACGCCGACAAGAAGCUGGUCAAUCUGAACGAGCCGAUCGAGAGUGCGCUGUUCAUACCGCAGGAUCAUCUGCAAGGCCACAUCCUAAUCUUCGAGCGCGAAAACGUUGACGCCAAACUCGACCUGCCCACGGUUGGGGAUUACUUCCUGGAUCUGGUCUAUCGCAUCGAGAUCAUCUUCAGCGACAAAUGCAAUCCCAAUGAGCCGGACUUUACGCUGGAGCUGUCCAAUCGCUAUAACUACGAUCAGCUGGCCAAUGCGGUGGCCGAGCGCUUGAACACCGAUCCACAGAAGCUGCAGUUCUUCAUGUGCAUCAACAACUACAAGGAGACGGCGGGCAAUGCCGUGCCCUACACAUUUAAGGGCACAAUCAAGGAUCUGGUUUCUUACACCAAACAGAGCUCAACGAAGCGUAUCUUCUAUCAACGGCUGUCGCUCAGCAUUCACGAGCUGGACAACAAGAAGCAGUUCAAGUGCGUCUGGGUGAGCAGCGACCUCAAGGACGAGAAGGAGCUGGUCCUGUACCCCAACAAGAACGAUACGGUUAAGGGACUGCUGGAGGAGGCGGCCAAGAAAAUCUCGUUUGCUGAGAACAGCCGUCGCAAGUUGCGCCUGAUGAAGAUUAGCAAUCAUAAGAUUGUGGCGGUAUGCAAGGACGAUAUACCGCUGGAUACGCUGCUAAAGUCCAACGAGUCCAUAACGACCACACAGGGCGCUCAAAAGACUUUUCGCAUCGAGGAGGUGCCGGCGGAGGAUAUGCAAUUGGCGGAGAACGAGUUCCUCAUCCCAGUGGCCCACUUCAGCAAGGAGCUGUACAACUCAUUCGGCAUACCCUUCCUAACCAAGGCGCGCCACGGCGAGCCGUACGGUGCGGUCAAGCAGCGCAUCCAGCGUCGUCUGAAUGUGCAGGACAAGGAGUGGGAAAACUACAAAUUCUGUGUGAUCUCCAUGGGCCACAAUUCGGAUGUGAACGACAAUACGCCCGUUGAUCUGGAGGUGUAUCGCUCGUGGACCAGCGGCCAGUUGCCCUUCUUUGGCUUGGAUCACAUCAAUAAGUCGCGUAAGCGCAGCUCGCUUAACUUCUCCGAGAAGGCCAUCAAGAUAUACAACUAAGGCGGGGAUACGAAUGAGGAUGAGGAGAACACACGCUCUAAACUGGAUGAUGGCGGAGCGGAGCAAGUUUGCGUGCGGAGCGGGAUUAAAGGAAUCAAUGUUGAAUGUGCGAAUGUGCGAUGGAUAGCGGGCAAGGGAUCAUGGCCACACGUGUUUAUUGUUCUUCAAAAUUCGAAAACAAAGAGCCCAAUCAUUGGAAACGAUUCAUAGACACCACACACACACAUAAGCACACACACACAUACAAGCGCGGAACUUACCCUUUUUACUUUUAUACAUAUAAAUUGUUUGUAGUCUAUAACAGCUAAGUAAUAUUUAGGUAUUUAUUAGUCCCCGCCGCCGACGGCAGUGUUUGGAGAUCAGAUCCACUGGCCACGCCAUGCCGCGCAAGCUUGCUCCCCCUCUUCUUACUUCGUUUUACCGCUCUUCCUUUCCUUUUACUCUCUCGUCUCCGUUUCCGUUUCCGUUUUCGUUUCCGCUUCGUCCGCCGAACAAUCCUGACCAGAGUAUCAGCUUUCGCAAGGAGUCCAGCGACUCAUUGCUUGAACUAAAGUAACUUCAAUUUAGGCUUAGGCUCAACUACACAAUUAUUCUUCUAUGCUACAUAAUAUUCUUAAUCGAUAAUUGUUUAAUCGCAGGCAGAAGUAGAAGUGAACUCGCUUUUGUCCAAGUGUAAAUAAGCGUUCGUUGCUAGUUGCCCAAUAAAACAUAAACAAAGAAGGAAAGGAGCAUGUAAAGAUGGAAAGAGAAAGAGCAGGCGAGGAAAGGAAAUGAGAGAAAGCCUAAACUAAUAGAAGGCAUAGAAGGAGCAUAAACUAAAUGAAAGCAACCAGCAAGAGGAGCAUAUACAUAGAUAUAGGUAAACGAGAGGGAAGAGCUGUAAACAAAUGAACGCAACUAUGUAACAAGUUUAACUUUAAACGAAACAAAACGAUUAAGUAAAGAGAAAAGUCACCAAACGAGACGCAAGAUAAACUUGAAGACGAUGGCGGUGGAUAUAUAUAUAUAUAAUGCAUAUAUUCGAGCAGCAAAUCGAAAGAGAUGGCAAGAAGGCGUAAGGGAGAUGAAAAAUAUAGGAUUUGUUUCAAACAAUUAUUUGUGAUUUUUAAACAUGAAAUGAUAACAAUGUAUGCAAAGGACUAGACAACAUAAAAUUAAUUAAUAAAUUACAAUAAUACACAG